CCUCCCCCCGCUCCCCACAGGCCGCGGCGCCUCCCUGUCGGGGCAGCGGCGCCCGGGCGCGGGGCGGGGCCGGGCCGGGCCGGAGCGGGAGGGCGGGCCCCGCGCUGCCCCCGCCCCGUCUCGGCUCGGCCUGGCCCGGCGCAGCGCAGCGCCGCGGGCGGGCGGGGAGAGCGUGUGGCGCGCCAUGGCGCUGGGCUCGGCCUGGAAGCAGAUGUCGUGGCUGUACUACCAGUACCUGCUGGUCACCGCGCUCUACAUGCUGGAGCCCUGGGAGAGGACCGUCUUCAAUUCCAUGCUAGUUUCCAUUGUUGGAAUGGCGCUGUACACGGGCUAUGUGUUCAUGCCUCAGCACAUCAUGGCGAUAUUGCACUACUUUGAGAUCGUGCAGUGAAGAUGAAGAACAUAAUUUCAAGAAGUAAUUGGGCUCUGAAAUCUGGUCAACAAAGAAUGAACCUCUUAGGUUUAACAAGAUUUCUACCGAUGUCAGAAAGACACAAUUAUGACUCUGAAGACUAGAAAUGAGAUAUGUAGAGCAGGGACAUGGGAUGUCCCCUAUGUUGUGUUCAUUCCUUUUAAUUUUGCAAGACAUGCCCUUGUAUAGUAGUUUUGUCUACUUUAACAUUGUGAUUGUACUUUGAUAUCAGUAUUUUCUUAACUUUGUGACAGUUUCAAUAUUGCACUGUGAAAGCUUUUCUUAAUUGUAAUUUUGAGUAAAUCUUAAUUGCCUUCUAUUUUUAAUCAGAAAGUCAUCUUAUUAAAUGGGGCUUAAAGCUUUUGCUAUUGUAUGGUAUGUAUUUGCCUGGAUAUUUCUAUUAAUGCGUUUUGUAAUAAAAUACAUCUAGAUUCGUAUUAGAGACAUGGAUAUAUUCGUCUAAUGCUCUUUACAAAAGUUAGUUUGUAUGACUGAACUCAGGUGUACUGUUUGCUGUCCAAACUUUGUUCAGCAGUAUAUUUGUGCGUAUCACCUAAACUUGGAAUUAGUGAUUAUUUCAAGUUUCUGUGUUCCACCUGGUGGAGGAGGGCGGAGGAGAUGAGGCGUUGAGAUGGAGUGAAGGCUGCAUUCGUUUUGUUUGGAGUAGUGCUGCGGUUUGGGGCUUUAUCAAGUGGGGGAAAAAGGACUUUUCUCUGCUGACAUAGGCCCAUGUAAGGCUUUGGGGUAGCAUUUUAAACCAACCCUGUUUUUCUAGCUACCAAUUAAAUUGUACUUUUACAGGGUGAUUUAUUAUGUUCUAAUGGUUAUGGUUUCUGCUAAUUUUCACUUAACAGUGUAACUAUGUCUAGGUUUUAAGGGGGUUUUCUAUUGCUGCUAGCGUUCCAAACAUGUUCUUGCUACAAAUGACCAAAAUACAGGGGUUUAAAUGGACUUGAGUUACAACUACAGCAAUAAGUAGCUGAAUACUUGGCUGGAGUCCUGUCUUUUGUUUUUUUAAUAGAGAUUUUUUUCAGUUUUGUAUUCAGAAAUGUAAGAUGGUGACAACCUAACUUUCCUAAGUGGAGGAUUUUUUUUGUUGUUGUUUAAAAAAUAAAAGUUUAAAAGCAGACCUUUGAUGCAGAACUUUCUUUGAGGAGUUAGUGUGUUUGUCAGUGCUGCUUGCUUUCCUCAGACCUUUCCAAAAGGCAAAAAAUGGUACUUGACCGAAGAAUUGUGAUUUUUUUUUUAAUUUUUUUUAAUGGCUUAGUAAGAAUAGGUACUGUUAUAUCUUUUAUGCAAUUUCUAUGGAAAUCAGGAAUUAUACCUAAAUUGUACAACUAAAUUUUUGUCUUUUAGGUGUUUAUUUAACUUUCUCAAAUGCACACUCACGAGAAAGGUGUUUUCCCCCCUUCGUAUUUAAGAACUUCACGUGUAUUUGGUUAAAAACUCCGUUGUCAUCUUGAAGCUAUAAACAGUGGGUCUUAAGCUUCUUAGGUGAACCCCAGCUUUCCUGAAGUUGGUAGGAGUCUCCCACUAAAUUAGUGCCUCUGCUUAUUAGUAACUGACUACCUAAACAUAGGUAGGUAUUUUGGGGGUGGUUGUAUGUGAGUAUUUUAAGUAUAUAUGGAGAUAACAAUAAGUUAACUUUUUUUGAAGUAAUGUAGCAUCAAUUCCUGCUGCCCGUGGACUACAUUGGUACUGUGAUGUUUCUUUGCAAACUGCUACUGUGAUUGAUACGUAUCUACUGCUGUGAAAGGGGUUUAGUUGUCUGGCUGUGGGGGGAGGCCCUUCUGUGCUGUGGCAUUAGGAAUGCUAAGCAUGAUUUUUAGUUAUGAAAGGUUUUACAGAAGGGCUUUGGUACACCGGCUUUUGUUAGCUGUCUACUUUUUGUUGAGCUAAAAAAAGAACAACUGUGGUCUCCAGACACUGGUGUUAAGCUGGAGUGGGCUUAAUUGAAAUCAUAUACUUGAAUUCAAUUUGCUAAUUUGGGUAUAGUCUUUUUCAGCAUUUCUUCUUUUUAAUUAUACUUUGUUAAAGAUGGAAUAAUUUCAUUAAUAAAGUUCUAUGUGUUACUAGAGUUUGAAUUUCUAGAAGAAA